AUGAGGAGGCACAAGGCGGAGUCCAGCGAGCUGGUGCGCAACAGCCACCACACGUGGCUGUACCAGGGGGAAGGCGCCCACCAGGUCAUGCGGGCCAUCCGCCAGAGGGUGCUGCGCCUCACCCGCCUGCCAGCAGAGAUCGUGGAGCUCAGCGAGCCCAUGCAGGUCGUGCGGUACGGAGAGGGCGGCCACUACCAUGCCCACGUGGACAGCGGGCCUGUGUACCCAGAGACCAUCUGCUCCCACACCAAGCUGGUGGCGAACGAGUCGGUGCCCUUCGAGACCUCCUGCCGGCAAGUACCUCCCCCCUGGGGGCUGCCUGGACGCCCAGACCAGACUCACCUGCCCUGUGGGCAGGCCCUGGGCUACCUGGUCACGGACACGCCCAGUGUCAGGAAAGGGGUGGCCAGACUGAGCUACAUGACCGUGCUGUUCUACCUGAACAACGUCACCAGCGGGGGAGAGACUGUCUUCCCUGUCGCAGACAACAGAACCUACGAUGAAAUGAGUCUGAUUCAGGACGACGUCGACCUCCGGGACACUCGGAGACACUGUGACAAGGGCAACCUCCGUGUCAAACCCCAGCAGGGCACAGCAGUCUUCUGGUACAACUACCUGCCUGACGGGCAAGGCUGGGUGGGCGACGUGGACGACUACUCGCUGCACGGGGGCUGCCUGGUCACUCGUGGCACUAAGUGGAUCGCGAAGCGUCCUGAUGUGGCUCUUUGCUCCUGUCCAGGUGAGGGGCCGGAUAUCCUGGUUUACAGCCUGGAUUUCGGGGGGCACCUGCGGAUGAUGAAGCGAGUGCAGAACCUGCUUGGCCACUAUCUGAUCCAUGGGUUCCGGGUGCGACCAGAACCCAAAGGAGACCUUGACGUGGAGGCCAUGGUCGCCGUGUUCGGGAGCAAGGGUCUCCGAGUCGUGAAAAUCAGCUGGGGACAGGGCCGCUUCCGGGAGCUCUGGCGCUCGGGCCUGUGGAACAUGUCGGACUGGAUCUGGGAUGCACGCUGGCUCGAGGGGAACAUGGGCUUGGCGCUGGGCCACAACUCCGUGGUGUUAUACGACCCCGUGAUAGGGUGCCUCCUGCAGGACGUCCCCUGCACAGACAGGUGCACCCUCUCCGCAGCCUGCCUGGUCGGGGACACCUGGAAGGAGCUGACCAUAGUGGCAGGUGCCGUUUCCAACCAGCUCCUGAUCUGGUACCCAGCGGCCGCUUUAGUGGACAGUAAGCCCGUGGCCCCUGACCGGCGGGUCAGUGGGCACAUGGGCGCCGUCUUCAGCAUGUCGUACCUGGAGAGCAAGGGCUUGCUGGCCACCGCUUCAGAAGACCGAAGUGUUCGCAUCUGGAAGGUGGGCGACCUGCGGGUGCCUGGGGGUCGGGUGCAGAAUAUUGGGCACUGCUUUGGGCACAGUGCCCGGGUGUGGCAGGUCAAGCUGCUAGAGAAUUACCUGGUCAGUGCAGGAGAGGACUGUGUCUGCCUGGUAUGGAGCCACGAAGGUGAGAUCCUCCAGGCAUUCCGGGGCCACCAGGGCCGUGGGAUCCGGGCCCUCGCUGCCCACGAGAGGCAAGCCUGGGUGAUCACGGGGGGUGAUGACUCGGGCAUCCGGCUGUGGCACCUGGUAGGGCGUGGGCACCCAGGUUCCGGGGUCUCCGCUCUCUGCUUCAAGUCCCCUAGCAGGCCAGGUGCCCUCAAGGCUGUGACGCUGGCUGGCUCGUGGCGAGUAUUGGCAGUGACUGAUUCGGGGGUCCUGUACCUCUACGACCUUGAGGUCAAGUGCUGGGAGCAACUGCUGGAGGACACGCGCUUCCAGUCCUACUGCCUUCUGGAGGCCGCCCCCGGGCCUGAGGGCUUCGGACUGUGUGCCAUGGCCAACGGGGAGGGCCACAUCAAGGUGGUCCCCAUCAAUACUCCCACGGCGGCCGUGGACCUGGCCCUGUUCCCGGGCAAGGUGCACAGCCUGAGCUGGGCCCUGCGAGGCUACGAGGAGCUGCUGCUGCUGGCGUCGGGCCCCGGCGGCGUGGUGGCCUGCCUGGAGAUCACAGCCGCCCCCUCUGGCAAGGCCAUCUUCGUCACGGAACGCUGCCGGUACCUGCUGCCUCCAAGCAAGCAGAGAUGGCACACGUGCAGCGCCUUCCUGCCCCCGGGCGACUUCCUGGUGUGUGGAGACCGGCGGGGCUCCGUGUUGCUGUUCCCCUCCAGACCGGCUCUGCUCCAGGAUCUGGGGCUUGGAGGCCAGGCUGAGGCCGGUGCCGGAGAACUGGGAGGGGGUGGUGACAGUGGCGAGGAGGAGACCGCCUUGACUGAGUGGGGCCCCGUCUCCAUCCUCCGGUCCCUGCAUGGGAAGCAGGGUGUGACCUCGGUCACCUGCCACGGUGGCUACGUGUACAGCACAGGGCGCGAUGGUGCCUACUACCAGCUCCUUGUGCGAGGUGGCCAGCUGCAGCCAGUCCUGCGGCGGAAGUGCUGUCGCGGCAUGAACUGGGUGGCCGGGCUGCGUGUGAUGGCUGAUGGGAACACGGUCAUCCUGGGUUUCCAUGCCAACGAGUUUGUGGUGUGGAGCCCCCGGUCGCACGAGAAGCUACACGUCGUCCACUGCGGCGGCGGCCAUCGCUCCUGGGCCUUCUCGGACACCGAGGCAGCCAUGGCCUUUGCCUACCUCAAGGAUGGCGAUGUCUUGCUGUACCGGGCUCUGGGGGGCUGCACCCGGCCACAUGUGAUUCUCCGGGAGAGCCUGCAUGGCCGUGAGAUCACAUGUGUCAGGCGGGUGGGCACCAUCACGCUGGGGCCUGAAUUCGAGCUGCCCAGCUUCAUGCAGCCCGAGGACCUGGAGCCGGGCAGCGAGGGGCCCAGCCUGAUUGACGUCGUGAUCACGUGCAGCGAGGACACCACCAUCUGCGUCCUGGCGCUCCCCACGGCGACGGGCUCAGCCCACGCGCUUACAGCCGUUUGUAACCACAUCUCCUCGGUGCGUGCCGUGGCCGUGUGGGGUGUCGGCACCCCAGCGGGCCCUCAGGAUCCUUGCCCGGGCCUGACUGCCCAUGUGGUGUCUGCGGGGGGCCGGGCGGAGAUGCACUGCUUCAACAUCAUGGUCACCCUGGACCCCAGCACCCCCAGCCGCCUCGCCUGCCACGUGACGCACCUUGCGUCUCACCGGCUGGAUGAGGACUGGGACUGUCAGCGCAGUCGGCGCCGGAUGGUCAAGGUGGACCCAGAGACCAGGUACAUGUGCCUAGCGGUGUGUGAACUUGACCCGCCUGACCUCGGCCCCCUUGUGGCUGCAGCCUGUAGUGAUGGAGCAGUGAGGCUCUUUCAUUUGCAGGACUCUGGGCGGCGGCUGCAGCUCCUGGCUGAAACCUUCCACCACCAGCGCUGUGUCCUCAAGGUCCACUCCUUCACACACCAGGCGCCCAACCAGCGGCGGAGACUGCUCCUGUGCAGUGCGGCCACCGAUGGCAGCCUGGCCUUCUGGGACCUGACCACGGUGCUGGACCACGGCUCUGCUGCCCUGGAGCCUCCAGCAGAGCCUGGCCUGCCCUCUCGUGUAGCUGGCGGGCCACCGGCAGCAGGGCUGGGCCCCCCCUGCCUGACUGUCCAGGCUCACAGCUGUGGUGUCAACAGCCUGCACACCUUGCCCACACGCGAGGGCCACCUGGUGGCGAGUGGCAGCGAGGAUGGCUCCCUCCAUGUCUUCGUGCUUGCUGUGGAGUUGCCAGAGCAGCACGAGGCUGUGGGGGGUGCCGAGCUGGCACCCCAGCUGCACGUGCUGGAGGAACACUCUGUCCCCUGUGCACACGCUGCUCAUGUGACAGGCCUCCACAUCCUGAGCCCCAGCCUCAUGGUCUCCGCCUCCAUCGAUCAGCGGCUGACCUUCUGGCGCCUAGGGCAUGGCGAACCCACCUUCAUCAACAGCACAGUGUACCACGUGCCAGACGUGGCCGACAUGGACUGCUGGCCCGUGAGCCCGGAGUUUGGUCACCGCUGUGCUCUCGGGGGCCAGGGACUUGAGGUUUACAACUGGUACGACUGAGGUGUCCCACAGUGGCUGGCACCUGGGCGUGGGGCCUGCCCACAGGCAGGGGAGUGGGAGUGAUGUCUGUGCCCAGGCCCGGCGUGCGUGGUGGGGGGUGGGGAGCCACUGGCUCCCAACUUUAGAGCAGGCGUUGGAGGGGAGUCGAGUGCUGCCUAGGCAGACCAAGAACAUGCCCCACGCCUCGCACUAGAACAAAGCUUUGUAGCGAUUUAUUAGUCUCCACGUCUAAGCAACGGGGUUUUUUCAGGUGACGACCUUGUGAACAUUCCCAGACAUUGGCACUCUGUGGCCUUAGAUGUAGCUCAGUGGAGGGAGACCCAGCGUGGCCAGGCCCGUGUGGAGCACUUCCUGCACAG